AUGAAUCGAAAUAAUCGAGGUAAUAUAGGUCAAUCUAUUGGUCGAAGAAGCUACAUACCCACUGUAGACAGAUGUUGUGGGUGCGUCAGUGAUUUAAAAACUGCAACCGCGAUCAUAGCCGUUCUGGGUGUAGUGACAAGCCCAGCAGUCUCCUGGGCGGUGGUACGUCACUCGUUCGUGAUACGAGUCUCCUGCUAUGUAACUACUAGUGCGGUACGACCCGAUGUUGUGGACAUCAACCUGAAUAAUAUGUUAAGCUUCGGUUUCGGCGCAAACGCAGGACUUGGCCCAUCAUGUUUGGGUCCCAAAAAUUACACUGCGGUUCAAAAAAAUGUAAUGAAGGGGUCAAAUACUUCUUCUACCUAUGUGAACCUGGUUCGAUGGUUGGGGUGGGCUGUCCUACUUGCAGAUAUCGUCUUUAUUGUCUUUAGUUUACAUUAUCUUUAUAGACUUUUUAGGCCACCAUCUAACCCAGCGGCGGUACGAUUCAUGAUAUCCUGUAUAGUCGCAUUAUUAUUGUCUUUUAUCUACGGUAUGCUGUAUGUGGGCGCAUGCAUGUCUGUAGGGGGAUCCUUCCCAGUCUUCGAGUUCUUAUUCUGUUUAAUUGACAUAAUAACGUAUGCAACUUGGAUCUACUUAUUGCAGUUUGUAUGGUAUCACCUGCAAAGCGAGAAAGUACCUCCUCCGCUGACCAGAAUCCAAGAGUUGCAAGAAACUCUAGAAUUAUAUUCACGAACUCAUUUAUGGGAGAAAUCCAAAAGAGAGGAAGAAAAACUACCGUUGGGUACCAUUUAAGUAAUUGGUCUUUUCUCUUGCAUUUCAGCAUGGGCCUACUUUUUAUUAGUAGUUCAUUCCUACAAAAUAACAGCUACGUGAUUUCAAAGUCUGACAUGAUACCUAAUAUAUGAAAAUAUUGAAUAAGUUAGCGAUGGCCCGAGUGCCACUAUGAAGUACUGUA